UAUCAAUGAUGCACGUUUCUUCUCAUCCUCUUGAGAACUGGUGAGUGGGUGCUAUAUUAGCAUCGACUUUUUAUUUAAUUUAUAAAAUGGGUUUUGUAAAAGUUGUUAAAAAUAAGCAGUACUUCAAGCGUUAUCAAGUCAAAUUCAAGAGGCGUCGUGAGGGUAAAACUGAUUAUUAUGCACGUAAAAGAUUAACCAUUCAAGACAAAAAUAAAUACAAUACUCCUAAAUACAGGUUGAUUGUUCGUUUAUCCAAUAAGGAUAUCACUUGUCAGAUUGCUUAUUCGCGAAUUGAAGGAGAUAGAAUAGUUUGUGCUGCAUACAGUCAUGAACUUCCAAGGUAUGGAAUUAAAGUUGGACUUACCAAUUAUGCAUCAGCUUAUUGUACUGGAUUGCUGGUAGCUAGAAGGCUCCUUAAAAAGUUAGGCUUGGAUACAUUAUAUGCAGGUACCAUAGACGUAACUGGGGAUGAAUACAAUGUGGAAGAAUUGGAUGAAGGACCAGGAGCAUUCAGAUGUUACCUAGACACAGGUCUGACACGUACUACCACCGGUGCUAGAGUAUUUGGUGCUAUGAAGGGAGCAGUAGAUGGAGGUCUUAAUAUUCCUCAUAGCACCAAAAGGUUCCCAGGAUAUGAUAGUGAAUCUAAAUCUUUCAAUGCUGAUGUACAUCGGAAGCAUAUCUUUGGUCAACAUGUUGCGAAUUAUAUGAGAACAUUGGAGCAACAAGACGACGAAGUUUUCAAGAAGCAAUUCUCUCAAUAUAUUAAGAACGGAAUUGUUGCUAACAACAUCGAAGACAUGUACAAAAAAGCACAUGAAGCCAUACGUGCGAAUCCGGAGCACGUAAAAGUUACGAGGGAAAAAGUACCCGUCAAGAAAAGAUGGAAUCGUGCGAAACUCUCAUUGUCCGAACGCAAAAAUCGUGUUGCUCAAAAGAAGGCGUCAUUCCUCAAAACCUUGGAAGAAUUGGAAGCCUAAAAAUCUUGUUAUUUUAUAUUUUGCCCAGCCUUUUAUCAAACCUCGUAUUUUGUCACAGCGUUUGUAUUGGGUUGAAUUUGGCAUGAUAAUAAAAUAAGAUGAUUAAAGUA